GCAGGUUAGACUUCAUUCUCCGAGCAUGCUUGGUGGAACUUUUGGUUUUGUCUUGUACAUGACUACCCGCCUCCCUGUUUGUUACACAAGUAAUCACUUUCUACACACUUUACUGGACACAACUGAAAAUUAAUAAAAAGAAACACAAGUUCGUCCUGAGUUUUCGCAAUUGGCUACCUCCCUUAAAACCAACAGACACUUUUUUUGGAAUUCUACCGAGAGACCACAACAAGGAUUACCAGUUCUGAAAAGUUGGGGAGACUUGUGGACUGUAUCCUGGCAACACCAAAAAAUAAAGAUGGACCACCACCAGAUGGAUAUGUCAAUUGACAGUGAAGAUUGGAGCCCAAUGUACAAUGUGUUUGAAGAAGACAGUAACAGCAGCUGCAGUUCUCUGGGGAUGUCCGUGCAGAGUACGAGGACCAAUGAGAGUGAAGAUAAUGAACUAGAAGAAGAUAAAGUGUGCACGGUUUGUGGAGAUAAAGCGAAUGGGUACCACUUCCACGUCCUGACCUGUGAGGGCUGCAAAGGCUUCUUCAGGCGUUCCAUCAGCAAAGGAUUAGAAUUCACCUGCCCUUUCACCCGCACAUGUGCCGUCACCAAGUCUAAGCGGCGGAGAUGCCAAGCCUGCAGACUUCAAAAGUGCCUGGACGUGGGCAUGAGAAAGGACAUGAUAAUGACAGAAGAAGCUCUAGAAAUGCGUCGGGAACUAAGAAAGAAAAAAAAGCAGGAACGACUACGGAGGGCCCAGCAGGUGAAAGAAGCGAGGUCCUUGACUGAGGAGCAAAAGCAGAUAAUUGCUAUUUUGACUGAUGCACACAACAAGCACUUUGACUCAAGUUUUUCCCAAUUUGUAGAUUAUAGGCCUCAGUUUAUAAUAAAACAAUUAAGCUUUGAGAAUGCUCCAGGCUCCACUGCACCUCCAUGCCAACCAUCCCGAACCACGUACCAACUCCAGUCUGAAUACACGGACACCUUCCCAGUUGGUUACCAAAUAAAUGAUAAUGUACUCAUUUUGCCUCAUUUUGCUGACCUCAGCACUUAUAUGAUCCAACAGGUCAUACAAUUUGCCAAAGCCAUACCUGCCUUCCGAUCACUUCCAAUUGAGGACCAGAUCUCUCUAUUGAAAGGUUCCACCAUGGAAGUUUGCCAGAUUCAGUUUAACACGGUUUUUAAUUUGGAGACCAAGCAGUGGGAAUGUGGGAAGCUGAAACUUAGCAUUGAACAUGGUGCCAUCAGUGGGUUUCAGAAGUUGUAUUUAGAACCCCUACAGAAAUUUCACAUCACAUUGCGCAAAUUGAACAUUCACGAGGCUGAAUACGUUUUGAUGGAAGCACUGUGUCUUCUCUCUCCUGACCGCCCAGACAUCAGCGGACGUGAUGCAAUCGACGAGAUACACGAGAAUAUAGCUCUGACGUUGAAAUGCUACAUUGACUCUCAUCACCCUCUGCCAGAAGGCAGAUUCCUGUAUCCCAAACUCCUGUCGUUGUUGACACAGCUUCGAACACUGAAUGCAGAAAGCACUCGUCAGCUGCUACACAUCCAAGACAUCCAUGCAGACGCGGUGACCCCUCUCAUGAAAGAGUUUCUCAGCUGAGACGGUCACAGCAAAGCAGUGAUUAGGGAUCAGAUAUUCUCAUUAGAGGCAGAAAAAAUGUACUGUUGACUCAAUAAGUUCUUGAAGAGCAUGAAGCUGCACUAGGACGAGAACAUGGUUGCUCAGGGAAGAUGGAAGGGUGUACUCCCAUAAUGCCAAAUGCGUCCCUCUUAAUUUGCACUACUGAAUAUCCUCAUUUUGGUAAACCCGUACUAAAGCACUUUCCCAUCACUAAAGAAAUACUGUUGGACUUUAGCAGUUUAGGGGACCACAAGCUACAACAGGUCCCAAGUUUGUUAAAUGUGUAUAUGCCAAACAGUCACUAAAGGAGAACACUAUCUGUGAGAACCACAAGCAAAGACUAAGACUGCAAACAUAACGGACUUGCAUGGAUUCUAGAUUGCACAAUAGACAAAGGGAAUCAAACAGCACUGCUGACCAAAAUGGCUUUACGUCUGUGACUGUGACCGGGUCUCCGGUUCGUGCGGCUGUUCGGUUCCUGAACCAAAUAUAAAAUCCCACUAACCAAGUCUGUUCACAUAUUUUUUUGAAGUGCCCAUAGUCUUUUGGUAAGAGGCUGGCCAGCAGGCCCCUCCAAGAACACGUGACGAGGCUCAGUCCGUCACAAGGU